CUUUAGCAUUCAUUCAAGAAAUGGCGGGCAAGCUAGCACUACAAGAGGUUGCGCUCAUCUGGGGUGUCAAAGACGAGAUCAACAAACUCAAGGAGACAGUUUCCACAAUCAGUGCUGUGAUUUUGGAUGCAGAGGCGAAGCAACGCGACAGUGAAGAGAUCAAACUGUGGCUGAAAAGGCCUAAGGAUGCCAUGUGUGAUGCAGAUGACUUGCUGGAUGAAAUCUCCACUGAGGCCUUGCGACGGGAAGUGAUGGCCCGUGACAAGAAGGCCAAAGAGUAGGGAUGGUGCUGAAGCGAUAUGUCGAAUUCCAUUAAGCCACAGACAUGUUAGGAGUGGAAUGUAUACACGGUAAAGUCAGGAUAUCAUGUUGCAAGACAAAUUCUUAGAACAGAGAAUUGGUCCGAGUGCUCCACGGGCUCCAGUGGCAAUGAAGUGUGGACUAAGCUAUGGGGUUUAAAGGUUCCAAAUAAGAUCAAAGUCUUUGGAUGGAGGAGGGCAUGUCAAAAUAUUCUGCCAACACGGGUGAACCUGGCUCGUCUGAGAAUUAUUGUUGAUGACAAUUGUGAGUUAUGCAAGAUGGCUCUGGAAACAGGACUUCGUGUUCUGUGGGAAUGUAAAUGUCUUCUUCAUGGUCUUAGGUGGGGAUCCAUUAGCUGUGUUAAGUGGGGAGGCAAUGCUUUAGCCCACUCUAGCUCGUUUUGCUAGUAAUGUGUCUGAGAAUAUUGUUUGGAUGGAGGUUUCUCCUCCACCAGCUAUGGAUGCUUAGUAUCAUGAUUCCUUAUUAUCCUAUUGAACGAA